UCUAUUCUGGGAAUCAGGAUAUGAGUUCUGGGGUGUCAGAGAUGAACCAGAUCUGCAUGAUGGGACCCCAAGGAGCUCACAAUCUAGCAUGUAGGAAAGAGAGUAAACAGUAAGCCAGUAAACAGAGAGCUCUCACCCAGUUUGUUAAGUGCUCUGACAGAGCCAUGCAAAAGAGCAAGGAGGAAGGAAAGACUAACUAAGCUUGGGGUGAUCUAAGAUGGUUUCUUGGGAAAAGCAGCAUUUGUGCCAGUCUUUAUAGGAAGGCAGGCCUUUUAUUGGCAGGCAUGGGGUGUGGGAGAGGAGAACAAAGACAUUCCAGGUAGAGGACGAGUUUGAACAAAGGUAUGGCAUUGGCAGGAGGCAGAACAUGAGUCAUCCACUGUGACUGAGGCCUGUGAGGCUGUCAGGGGCUGACUGUGGAGGGCCUUGAAUGAUAGGCUAAGGAGCUUGGAUUUAAACCUGCAGGCCAAGGGAACCCUUGGUGGCUAUAGAUAUGGUCAGCUUUGCAUUUGAAACAUGGCUCUGAGGGCCUCUGUGCAAGUGGAGCAGGUGGGAAGCAGGUGCAUUAGAGCAGAGACCCAUCUGCCACCGUCCCAUGUGCCCCUAUGCUCAGCAGAGACUCCUCAGAGCCUGCAGUCCUACAAGAACUACUCCUUCUUCCCUUCUCUUCUGCCAAUGUUCUACUCCUCCCACAGGACACACCCAGCUCAAAUACACCCUAUCUGGAAGCUUUCACUGCCUUCUAGAAGGUGAUUUCCUCUGUGAGGCCCCUCAGUACCCUGCUCUGGGAUUCUUCAGUGACAUGUUGUAUUCUUAUGCAUCCCAGCCAGAUGGAGAAAUCUUCAAGGACACGUUGUGAAUCUCAUCCAGUUUUGCAUCUCCAGUGCAUACACAGUAUGGGUUUUGGCACAUGGAAAACCACUGGGGAACUCUUCACCAGUGAAUUAGAGAAAGAGAAAGUACAUGAAGAGAAAGAAGAAAUGGGAGAAGGGGAGGAGAAUACUUGGAGAGAGGGAAGGAAGGGGGCAGAGAGAUAGGGUGUUGGUAUGGUCAAGGGAAAUAAGAGGAAGAGCGUGGAGGAGAGUACAGGGCCAAUGUGGGUUCUUUCUUCUUCCCAUCAGUAGCACCAAGUAUCAGACCUGCCACAGUGAGUGUCAGGCUUUGGAAUCAACCAGAUGUGGGUUCAUAUUCUGGUUCCAUCACUUAGUGACCAUGUGCCUUUAGACAAGACACGUCACCUCUUGGGCAUUAAUUUCAUCAACUGUGGAAUGAUGAUAAUACUAGUCCUUCCUACAUGGGUGUUUUAGAACUUAAGAAUAGAGUCUGUCAUACAGAGUGAAGUAAGUCAGAAAGAGAAAAACAAAUACCGUAUGCUAACACAUAUAUAUGGAAUCUAAAAAACAAACAAAAAAAGGUUCUGAAGAACCUAGGGGCAGGACAGGAAUAAAGACGCAGACGUAUAGAAUGGACUUGAGGACACGGGGAGGGGGAAGGGUAAGCUGGGACGAAGUGAGAGAGUGGCAUUGACAUAUAUACACUACCAAAUAUAAAAUAGAUAGCUAGUGGGAAGCCGCCGCAUAGCACAGGGGGAUCAGCUCUGUGCUUUGUGACCACCUAGAGGGGUGGGAUAGGGAGGGUGGGAAGGAGAUGCAAGAGGGAGGGGAUAUGGGGAUAUAUGUAUACUUAUAGCUGAUUCACUUUGUUUUACAGCAGAAACUAACACAGCAUUGUAAAGCAAUUAUACUCCAAUAAAGUUAAAAAAAAAUAGAUGUGAGUUCUUUGAGGGCAGGGAUCCAACAUCCAACAAGGGCCUUGGCACAACUGUGUGCUCAACAAAUAAUUACUGACUGAGUGAGUAAGUGAUUGCCCAAGAAGAACUGUUUUCCACACUGCGGAGCAGUGCUCCAUUCCACAAGAGAGAGAGGUUAAGCACCUGUGUACCAGUGUACCAGUAAAGGAGGAACACAGUCCCAGUAAAAAUUUUCAGCUAAGUUGAUAUACGUUAAAAGCAUCAAUAUAGUCAUUGGGGGAUAAAUAAGAACUUUUGGUAGACUUUCUUACAUUUACUGAUUUUAUUCUGAAUUACAUAUGAUGCAGGGGGCACCCUAACUUUUAGAGUUUAGAGACUCUAAAUGUCUUAAUUUGGUCCUACUUAAGCAAUAGAAAUUAAUAUGAUUUAGUCCCCUACCCCAGAGCAGCUCCUGGGGAGAGAGACCCAGACACACAACACACUACAACAACACACUACGUAACUAAGGUUGGCAUAGAGGGGUCUGUAGGAAGCAUUGGUGUGGGAGCCCAGAGAAACACAGUCCUCCUACGGGGAACAGAGGAAUCAAAUAGGAAUGGGGAUACAGGGUGGGGGAUAGAGAAAUCAAAUGGAGAAUAGAAAAGAAUGAUUGCUGAAUAAGAGGUAGUAAGCAGAAAAGAGAUCACAUUGGGGAGAAAGGAAAGCUGGACGUAGGGAGUGAGGGAGGAGGCUGACAGGCAGGGAAGGAGACCCCUCUGGAGGCGGAAAGAGGCAGGAUCACUUCCGGCUAGGGAGGGGGAGCAGAUAGGCUCAGACCUAAGGAGAGGCUUGGAGAGAGCGGACGCCUUCUGGACAGGAGAGGCCCCUUCCCAUCAGUCUCAGCUGUUUCUCGGCCUUCCAGAAAAAUGGAUAGGAGAAAUGACUCCGAUUAUAAGAUGACCCCGUUCCAGGGCCCUCUGCCUCCCCCUGGGAGCCUGGGGCUUCACUUCCCUCCAGAUGUACAGGCUGAGACAACAGAAGAAGACAGUGUCUUGCUGAUGCAUACCCUCUUGUCAUCAACCAAGGACCCCCUGGCUAUGGACCCACCAGUUGCCAACCGGCCUAAGAAAAGCAAGACCAAGAAGGCCCCUAUUAAGGCUAUCACUAAGACAGUACGCGCUGCCCCUCCAGUUCCAUCUGCCAAUGUGAUUACCACCAACAAGCCUAAAAUAACUUUUCCGGCUUUAAACCUUCCAAUCAUCCCCCAGAUCAACCAGGCUUCAGCUACCACUGAGGCAGCCAAUACUCAGGCUUCUUCAUUCACCGCUCAGCCUAAGAAAGCCAACAAGACAAAGAGAGUUACUGCUAAGGCAGCCCAAGGCUCCCAAUUUCCAACUGGCAGUGAGAGUGUUACUACACAGAUCAAGUUACCCUUGCAGGCCCUAAACGUGCCAGUCAUCCCACAGACUAUCCAGGCUCCAGUUGCCACUGAGUCAGCCAAUUCUCAAGCCUUGUUAGCCUCCAUCAAGCCUAAGAAAGCUCUCAAGGCUAAGAAGGCUAACAAUAAGGCCAUAGCUAGUGCCACUGAGAUCUCACUGGCUCCAUCCACCACCUACACAGCUACCACCCAAGGCCAAAUUACCUCCAUCCGAACUAAGAAAGCUCUCAAGGCUAAGAAGGCUAACAAUAAGGCCAUAGCUAGUGCCACUGAGAUCUCACUGGCUCCAUCCACCACCUACACAGCUACCACCCAAGGCCAAAUUACCUCCAUCCGAACUAAGAAAGCCUCCAAAGCCAAGAAAGCAACUGUUAAGCGCACAAAUACUGACACUGAACUCCUAGAGGCCCCAGAUGCCACUGAGACAGCUACCAGGCAGACUGAGGCCUCAGCAGCAGCUAUCUGGCCCAAAAAAUCCAAGGGCAAGAAGGCUGCCUAUAAGGGCCCAAAUUCUGCCUGUGAGAUAUCUGAGGCCCCACCUGCCAGUCAAAUGGUCACAAAACAAGCCCUAGCAGCCACCGUCCGGGUCAAGAGAGGGUACAGGGCUUGGAAGGUUGACACUAAAGCCCGGACAACUGAAAGCCAGACUCAAAUUGACGAAGGGGCCCAGGCCAAGAUGUUUACCCCUCAGAUCAACAUAAGUGUCCUUGAGACUCAGGUUGUUGCUGCUGUCCAGGCCCUGGCAGAUGACUACCUGGCUCAGUUGAGUCUGGAGCCCACAACCAGGACCCGGGACAAGAGGAACCGAAAGUCCAAGCAUCUGAACGGGGAUGAGAGAGGUGGUGGUAAUUAUAGGUGGAUUCCAUGGGGCCGGAGGCCUCCGCUAUCCCGAGAUGUGGCCAUUUUGCAAGAAAGGGCAAAUAAGUUGGUGAAAUACCUGUUGGUUAAGGACCAGACAAAGAUCCCCAUCAAGCGCUCAGACAUGCUGAAGGAUGUCAUCCAAGAAUAUGAUGAAUACUUCCCAGAGAUCAUUGAACGAGCAAGCUAUGCUCUGGAGAAGAUGUUUCGAGUCAAUCUGAAGGAAAUUGAUAAACAAAGUAGCUUGUAUAUUCUCAUCAGCAUUCAGGAAUCCUCUGCAGGCAUCCUGGGAACGACCAAGGACACACCCAAACUGGGUCUUCUCAUGGUUAUUCUGAGUGUCAUUUUUAUGAAUGGCAACAAGGCCAAUGAGGCUGUCAUCUGGGAGGUGCUGCGCAAGUUGGGGCUGCACCCUGGGGUAAGGCAUUCGCUCUUUGGGGAAGUGAGGAAGCUCAUCACAGACGAGUUUGUGAAGCAGAAGUACCUGGAAUACAAGAGGGUCCCCAACAGCAGACCACCUGAAUAUGAGUUCUUCUGGGGCUUGCGCUCCUACCAUGAGACUAGCAAGAUGAAAGUUCUCAAGUUUGCAUGCAAGGUGCAGAAGAAAGACCCCAAGGACUGGGCCGUGCAGUAUCGGGAGGCAGUGGAGAUGGAAGUCCAAGCUGCAGCUGUGGCUGUAGCUGAGGCUGAGGCCAGGGCUGAGGCAAGAGCCCAAAUGGGGAUUGGAGAGGAAGCUGUGGCUGGGCCCUGGAAUUGGGAUGACAUGAAUAUCGACUGCCUAACAAGGGAAGAGCUAGGCGAUGAUGCUCAGGCCUGGGGCAGAUUUUCACUUGAAAUUGAGGCCAGAGCCCAAGAAAAUGCAAAUGCCAGCACCAACAUUGACUUCAGCAGAGGAGCUAGCACCGGGGCUAGCUAUAGCGAUGGUGCUAGUAUUAGCUUCAGUGGUGUACCCAGCCCCAGUAAUGGCUUUGGUGGCACAUGCAGCACCAGUGCCAGCUUCAGCAGCGUAGCCAGCAUUUGCUUUGGUGGCACACCCAGCACUUGCUCCACUUUCAGUGGUGGAGCCAGCAUUAGCUUUGGUGGUGCAGCCAGCACCAGCUCUAGUUUCAGCAGUGAAGCCAGCAUUAGCUUUGGUGGCACACCUUGCACCAGUACCAACUUCAGUGGUGGGGUCAGCUCUAGUUUCAGUGGCCCACUCAACACCAGUACAAGUUUCAGUGGUGGAGCCAGCUCUGGUUUUGGAGGCAUGCUCAGUAUCCCUGCUGGCUUCAGUGAUGCACUCAGUAUGAGCACCAGCUUUGGCAGUACACUCGGCACCAGUGCAGUCUUUAGUGGUGCACUUAGCACCAGCCCUGGCUUUGGUGGCACACUCAGCACUAGUGUCUACUUUGGUGGCUCUCCCAGUUCCAGUGCCAGCUUUGGUGGCACACUCAGUACCAGUAUCUGCUUUGGUGGCUUUCCUAGCACCAGCACUGGUUUUGAUGGGGUACUCAGUACCAGUGUCUCCUUUGGUAGCUCUUUCAGCAAUAGCACUGACUUUGCUGGUACACUAAGCACGAGCUUCUGCUUUGGUGAUUCUCUCAGCACUAGUGCCAGCUUUGGUGGUACACUCAGCACCAGUCUUGGCUUAGGUGGUGCACUCAACACCAGUGCUGGUUUUAGCAGUGCUGUCAGCAUUAGCACUGGCUUCAGCAGUGCACCCAGCACCAACUCUGGCUUUGGCAGUGUGUUCAGCACCAGUACUGACUUCAGUGGGGCACUUAAAACCACUACUGACCUUGGCAGUGCUCCCAGCACCAGCAUUGGCUUUGGUGGAGCCCCCAGCACCAGCUUCUGCUUUGGCAGUGUGUCUAACACCAACCUAUGCUUUGGUGGCCCUCCUAGUACCAGCACCUGCUUUAGUGGUCCUACCAGUGCCAGUUUUGGUGAUGGACUCAGCACCAGUGCUGGUUUCAGCUUUUGUGAUGGGUUAAGCACCAGCCCUGGAUUUGGUGGUGGACUGAGCACCAACUCUGGCUUUGGUGGUGGACUGAGCACCAACUCUGGCUUUGGUGGUGGACUGAUCUCCGGUGAUAUCUUUGGUGGUGGGCUGGGCACCAAUGCUGGUUUUGGCAGCACACUUGGCACCAGUGCUGACUUUAGUAGUGGCCUCAGCAUCAGUGAUGGCUUUGGCGGUGGGCCUAAUACCAGCUUCGACGGAAGACUGAGCACCAUCAUUGGCUUUGGCAGUGGUUCCAACACCAGCACUGGCUUUACUGGUGAACCCCGCACCAGCACCGGCUUUAUUGGUGGACCCACUUCUAUUGUUGGCUUUGGCAGUGGACUGAGCACCAAUGCUGACUUCAACGGUGGACCAAGCAGUAGUGUUGGCUAUGGCGGUGGACCGAGCAAUGCUGCUGGCUUUGGUGGUGUAGCCACCAGCCUUGGUGCCUGUAGCUUCUCCUAUGGCUAGUGAGGUUUCAGAUUUAUUUCGCAUGUUUACAGAUACCGCUAAUGAAUUGCAGCAGUCCUUCCCAUGGAGCCAAGGUACAUCCUUGGAAUCUUUGUCCACACAGCAAUCUAAGCAGAUAUACCAAUCAGCUGAGGGUGACACGCU